AAAAGUAGCUAGGUCAUUUGAUUAGAGAGAGUAACCACGCCACCCUCCUUUUUGUCACUGUCAAACCACCAACCCCACACACACCACACUACACCCCUUGGUUCGGGACCCACUUGGCCCCUGCUGCACCCACCCACCACACCCUGGCAGUGGGGGCCAAGUAAUAGUACUGGCUUCAUAUGUUUCCCUGGGGGUCAUUAGUGCCAUUACACCCAAUCCAAGCAUGCUUGAGCCCCUCGCCCCAGGGUGUUUGUACAUGUAAACCUGGUGCCAGUCCGUGCCGGAGACAGGAUUGACCGGCACAACGGAAGCAGCAGACACGUAAAGUCCUUCGCGAGAAUUGCGUUUAGCGUACACAAUCCCGCAAAGAACUGGGCACAGACUUGCCAAGGGAAGAAACUUCACUCGACCGUCGGUAUUGAUUCUUUCCUUCCAAGAGAAAAUUCCAGCUCUAUACAGAAUGUGAAGCUAUCACGCUGCAUUGCAUGCUGGGGUGACACCACCAUUUUGGGAGGAUCGCCCUCUGCUACUUAUACUGAAAUUAAUACUGAUACCUGCUUUCCUUUUGUUUUGUUUUUGCCUUGAAAGUAAAUGUUCGUAUUUUUCAUGGUAUCGUUUGCAGGGAAGAGAAGCUAUUUUAUCGCACUGCGAUAUUUGAUGUUUUUUUUUGGUUUUUUUUAGAAUUCUAUGCCAAAUAUACCAGGUUACCAUGAAGACAGUAUCACACGCUGGGCACUCGCUGCUGCUUCAGCCAUCAUAUGGUAGAAAUGUCCAAAUAAAAAAAUGUGUUCAACAAGCUGGCAGAAGUCGAUCCAUUUCUUUGUUGGAAAUGUUUAAAUGUCACUGAGAUUUUAUUGUUGUCAUUGUAAAUAUUUACUUUCCCAUGGCCACGGAGGAGAAUCAGAGAUUGUUGGACACACAUUCCACACAACCAAAAUCAAAUCCCUAGAAGCUUGUGAACAAUUCUGUAGUGGCUGCAUGCAAAUCCUGCUAAUUCACAAGCCGAGUGAGAGCCAUACUUGCAGAGGUAAUGUUAAUUUUUAAACCAAACCAAAUACAAAACUUUCAAAAACACUUAGCAAUGUGAUUAUUUUAUUGAGUGAAAGGCAGUGGGUUUAAUCAGUGACAUUAUUAAUAGAUUUGAUACCCGGCGUUUUCACGUCACAUGCUCAACCUGCUUCCCUUGAUGUUUUAACAUGUAGAAAAGAUGAAAAAACUUGCUACAUUAUCCAUUUUUUUUCCCCCUGAACAAUGAUGUGAAUUCUGUGGCUAUUCUCGAUGCAGCAGGAAUGACCUACGGUGGCGACGUUUUUCACAAUCAUGACAGAAAAUCAAAAUACUGCAUUAAACUCACUAGCAGAAAGGCAGCACGAAUCUGCUAUUCCUCCCAAUAUGGCGUCUAAACAAGUUACCCAGAACUCAACACGGUGUGACGUCACUGAGAUUAACUGAUUACGGAGCUGCUUCUCUUCAUGAGGGAACUAUUUGGUACAAUAUCUUAAAAUCCUGUCAAAUACUACAGAUAAAAAAUUCAGUGAUUUUGCUGGACUCAGUUAAAUAAUAAACAGUUAAACAGUUGUGGAUCAUUUUGCGGAUGGUGUAGGCCUGCACGUGUGUUGCUGCAGAUACAUGACGCUUUCAAUGGAAAGAAAGAAAGAAAGAAAGAAAGAAAGAAAGAAAGAAAGCGAGCACCUCGGCCUGUAUCUGAAUGCGAAUAAUAGCCUGCAGUCAUAAGUGAUCAUUAACGCCUGAGCGCACUGCUGUUAAUAUGCCAGUAUAAUGAGCUCGUCUCAGCGAUGUCAGGUUAGACGUUUGAGCAAAAGAUCAGGCGCACACACUGACCCAGAACGACUCGUAUUAGGGAUAAGAGCACAGUGCAGAGGGACCAGAGGUCAGAAGUGAUCGGGGCGGAGUCUUGUCAGUUUCCCAGAUAAAUGAUUGCGCUUGUAAUUUUAAAAUCAUCGCUCAGAGCAUCCAGUGGGAUCAGGACUCACUCUAAGACACUCAGCGGAGGAUUUUAUCUGUGCUGUGGAUUAAAAUGGGUCCAGAGGAAAGUGCGCGUUUUCUGCUGGACGCAGCGGCUGCUAAGCGCUGGAUUAGAAACGCGCUGAGCAGCAUCAUCACCUCUCGAGCCAUACCUGCAGGAGCUGUGCUGGGUCCUUGUGCUGUAACACACACCUCCCUGAGUGACAGCAUCGCGUUCAUCGCCUGUAAGUGCUCGGACAGACGAGCUACUGCCUACGUGCUCCAGAUCGACCCAUCAGUGCCUAGCGAAUAUCUGCAGAUGAUUCAGUCGGCUAGGAACGCAGAGGAACAAAAUCUAGAGGCAUAUAUGAAUAAAGGACAUCUAUGUUUCAGAGCCAUAAAGGAUAUUCCUGAAAACACUGAGCUUUUAGCUUGGUAUGGGAGAGAUCUAGCCAAACUGCUUGGUCUCAGCAACGAGCAAAAGAACACAAAAGGUUUCAUUUGCUCUGAAUGCAAACUAAGUUUUCUCUUUGAAUUCCCUUUACUGGCACACCAGAGAUUUUUCUGCAUAAAGAAGCCUACAUGUUUUUCGAAGAAACUCACCAUCCCAGAAAUUCAUUCACUGAGUAGCAAACCAACCACAGACUUCCACAAUUUAGCACGAGAGCUGGAGAAUUGCAGGAAAAAUCGACCCGAAGAUGCAAAGAGCACUAAAAGAAGAUAUUCUCUUGAAUCAGACACAGAUGAGAGUGAUGGCGAACCAUCAUCUUUUGACACCCAUGGAGAUGAAAAGAUAUCUGUGAAAAGAUUUUGUGUUAAUGGCGUGAAUAGACCUUCCUGGUCAUCUGCCAGCAAAAAGUCUUUCAGCAAGGGCCAAAAUUCUCAGUGCAGCUCACUACAAAACAAUGACAACUGCACGACAAACCCCAACAGGCAGGAUUUGAAGCCUAUUACAAUAGCGACCAAGCCUGCGUUCACCACUAGAGGGUCGUAUGACAAGGACAGGAAGAGCGCGUUCACACAACCUCCACGCAUCACGCCCCAUAUCCCACUGCUGUCAGCCAGUCUUACCAAUGACAACACCCCUAGCCGGACAGCUUUCCUCCCCAGCAUUCUACCACUCAACUUCCAGAGCUCUGCUUUGCUAUACAAGGACCUUCCCAAACAGUUGUCUCUUCUUCCCAGCACAAACCUCUGGCCCAAGACCUCCCGGCUGCAGCAACUGCACACUACUCCUUUGUUGUCGCUACUGCCUCCCUCUCUAUCUUCUCUUGGUCUACCUAUGCAGAACUGGUGUGCUAAAUGUAAUAUUUCUUUCCAUAUGACAUCAGACCUGGUGCAACACAUGAGGUCCCACCACAAGAAGGCGAUGUCAGAUGAGAAGCAGCCGAGGCACAGGGAGGAGAGGCUGAAGUGUCCCAUGUGUAACGAAGCUUUCAGAGAGCGUCAUCACCUGUCACGUCACAUGACCUCUCAUAUAUAAGCUCAUGCUAAAAAAAAAUCUGUUUCUCCUACCUAAAUAAGCAUUUGAAAAUUGCUUUGAAAAAGUUUUUAAAUAUUAAAAAAAAAAAUGUAUAUUAAAUGUCAUUCUCAAAUUUAAAUGAAUGGUCAAUGCCAAUGAAUUUCAGUGAAAACAUUAAUUGGUACUUACCCAAGGGGAUCACUCACUAUACAUUAAGAUUUAGGUUUAUAGACUGUAUGCGCCAGAGAAACAAGCCUGCAGCCAUCUUUAGAAUUUUGUGUUUGAACCUCCGUUUUUGCGGUUGCUCUGUAUAUUUCUGGCAUCGCUGUCGAAGAGUAAUUAGCCGUUGAAGUGGAUUUACUUAUUGUAGAGUUAACGAAAGUUAUCAUGACCGUUGUAAUUUCUGAAGCGGAUGUCAUAACAAAUGUCAGUAGACUGGGAAAAUUUUAAAACGAACGGUUCAUUCAUAAAUCCGUAAGAUCUUACUUUAAUGCAGUGGGAAUACAAACCGGAAGACAGAACACAACCAGGCGAAGCACGGAAAAGGGGCGGGGCUACAUAAGGUCUUGUUAUUAGAUUUAAUAGAUUUUUUUUUUUUUAAUUAAAUAAUACAUGUUUGAUACAUUUUACAAAAUGCUUAUUUAGGUAAAUGUGGCAAAAUUGAGCGACUUUAUUCGGUAAAUAAUAAAAGUCCUAUUUUUAAUAACAUUUUAUUUUACAUUUGAUGUAUUUUGUGUUAACUAAUUUAUUUAGUGAAAGAAGCUACAUAAAUGCCAUUUGAAAGCAUCAAUGGUACCAUGAAUUCGUGCUGUCAGAACACAAUCCAAUGUCAUCACUGUUUUAUUGUACUUAUACUUGUAAAUAAAAUGUUUUGGUUUUUGUAUCAUAUAACAGCAUUAAUCUUUAAAUUUUUUAUUUUUUUGUUGUUAAAGUGUCCUAAAAGGCACUAACAGAUUCUUAUUGUAUUCGUGUAUUUAAAUGGUUCAAACUUUAGAAGUUUAUCAUCUAAAUUGUUGGUUAGCAGCAAUACUAGUUUGGACACUAGGUGGCGAACGUGUACUUGUUUACUUGCUUUCCAUCUCUACAGUAACAAAUGAAUAAUGUCAAUGUAUGCAU